AUGUCUUUCGUGGUUGACCAGGUGCGACGAAUUGACAGCCAGCUCGAUCGGCUGCAGCUGUCAGCCACGCGAGCAGGCAGCUUUUCCAUCACCGCCGAGGAAGCCCACAACCCCACCAAGACCUCACGAAUCGCACAUCUGCAAAAUCUCAUCAAGUCUCUCUCUACGACUGCGUCAUCCAAGCACAGCCUUGUCCCCGUCGCGCGCAUAUCCGAGGCGCUACAACGUGCCAACAUUGCUAGCAGCUACGAGGAUGCGAGCUACGAGCACGAGCUGGAAUGGCUGCUAGUCAGCAAGGCGACGACACAGGUAUACGGUCAGGUCUUGAGUACGAUACUUGAGCAGACCAUCCCGCUGGAAGACGACCUGUGGUACUGGGACGACAUUCUCUCCACCUACCGAUUCGCUGGCUUAUACUCGAUACAAACAUCUCCAGUCCGCGUAUGGAAAUGGUCGCAGGAGAUAUACCACGAUGUCUUGUCGCGCGGCGGCCAGGUGGCCGAUGGAUGGAGCCAGUUCUACGGCCUCGUCAAAGACGCAGUGCAAGAGCGGAGCAUCGCCAACAUCCAGCGAAGAGUCGUGAGCCCACUAGCGCUUGUGAGAAAUGAAGGCAGGAAGAAGCGGGCCGCCUUAAGGAAGAUACGACUCACCAACGCAAACGCGCUCGGCGUGCUGCUAGGCGAAGGCCUGGGUAACGAGAGUGUACACGACGACGGCACCCAGUCGCCCACGCUCCUCGGAACACAAAGUGGACAUAGAUGGAAGAGCGUCAUGUCCAAGAACAUUGCCCUCAUGGAUGCCGUCAUCCAAAGCGUGAACACGGCAGAGCUUUCCGUUGAUAAGUUCGACGACUCGGUGGCCAGCAUCACACAGGACGAUCAAUUCUACUCCCUGCACGAACCCACUGGAGAGCGCACAGCAAGCACACUCAAGCCGGCAGACGUCGCUGAGCGACUCCAGUACCUACUCCGGGACGCAUUGCCUACCUACACGUCAAACUUCAAUGCUGUGGUCAAGGAAAACGGACGUCCAUCCCUGAUCAUCCGGUACUGGCUUCCCGCCACUAUGCUCCUUGUAUCUUCAACCACUAUCCUGCGCAUCUUCGUCAACCGGAAAGAGGAAAUCUUGACCUGGGUACGGGAAUUAGGACAGACUGUGAUUGACUUUUGGACAAACUGGGUCGUGGAGCCUGCAAUGAGAAUCAUCGGUACCAUCCGGCACAAUGAAGACAGCGAGGUUUCCAUCAUGAGCAAACGAAGUUUGGAAUCUGACCGUGCAAGCCUCGAGCGCAUGGUUGUUGAUUUUGCUGUGAAGAACCCCGAAGGCCCAGCACUGAACGAGACACAGAUCGCCGACAUCAGAGCCAAAGUUCGCGAGGGCGACCUAACAACGGUGUUGAGAUCGUACGAGAAGGACAUCCAAAGCCCAGUCAAAGGAGCUAUAGUUGGUAAUCUCGCUAGCGCACUCCUCAUCCAGGUGCAGAAAACCAAGGUCGAUGUGGAAGUUGCCAUGAGUGGUAUCGACAGCAUCCUCAAGAGUCAAGAAUUGCUCUUUGGCUUUAUUGGUCUGACGCCCGGUGUACUCGUCAGUAUUGGCGUGUACCGAUACCUUCGAGGUGUGUUUAGUAGCCGUAAAGGCGUGCAGAUGUGGGCAAGGCAGGGUCGCAUGUUGCUCAUCCUACGCAACAUUGAUCGCAUCCUCACCAGCGCGACCGCUACCGAGGAUGGCGAGAUCUCUUACAAGGACUACGGUCUCCUUCUUUGCGAAGUGCAUCUACUGCGACAAGCUGCGAGUGGAAUCCUACCGCGACGCAUCUUCCACGACCUGUUGGUGGAGAUAGAUGAGCUUGUUGAUGUGCGGAGUGGGCUGCAGCGACAGCAAAAAGUAGUCGAGCGUAUCCGGUGGGCGUACUCAAAAUGGUUUACUUGA